AUGGCAUCUACGGAACCGCAUCUCUGCUUCAGAUCGUUCGUCGAAGCACUCAAGGCCGACAAUGACCUGGUUGAAAUCAACACCCCGGUCGAUCCCAACCUCGAAGCAGCUGCCAUCACUCGUCUAGUCUGUGAGACUGAUGACAAGGCACCUCUAUUCAACAAUGUCAUCGGUACCAAGAACGGCCUCUUCCGGAUCCUGGGAGCGCCCGCGUCGCUUCGCAAGUCACCCAAAGAAAGAUAUGGCCGUCUAGCUCGCCAUCUGGCGCUGCCACCUACAGCCAGCAUGCGCGAGAUCCUCGACAAGAUGCUUUCUGCAAGUGACCACCCUGCGAUUCCCCCGACCAUCGUCCAAAGCGGGCCUUGCAAGGAGAAUAGCCUAGAGGGCGACGAUAUUGACCUCACCGAGCUCCCUGCGCCUCUCGUCCACAAGUCCGAUGGAGGAAAGUACAUCCAGACAUUCGGCAUGCACAUCGUCCAGUCACCGGAUGGCAAAUGGACGAACUGGUCCAUUGCUCGCGCCAUGGUGCAUGACAAGCGCACCCUCACUGGCCUGGUCAUCCCACCGCAGCACAUUUGGCAGAUCCAGCAGAUGUGGAAGAAAGAAGGCCGUGACGUACCCUGGGCACUAGCAUUUGGUGUUCCUCCCGCCGCGAUCAUGGCCUCUAGCAUGCCUAUUCCAGACGGCGUCACAGAAGCCGGGUACGUGGGCGCCAUGACGGGCACAUCUCUCGAGGUGGUGAAAUGCGAUACCAACGACCUUUAUGUACCAGCCAACUCUGAGAUCGUGUUCGAGGGCACGAUGUCAAUCACCGAAACCGGUCCUGAAGGUCCCUUUGGUGAAAUGCACGGCUAUGUCUUCCCGGGUGAUAGCCAUCUCUGCCCUAAAUAUACCGUGAGCAAGAUUACGUAUCGCAACAACCCUAUCUUACCCAUGUCUUCCUGUGGAAGAUUAACAGAUGAGACUCACACAAUGAUCGGCUCCCUCUCAGCCGCCGAAAUCCGCAAAAUCUGUCAACAGCACAACCUCCCAAUCACAGAUGCCUUCUCCCCCUUUGAAUCCCAAGUAACAUGGGUCGCACUCCGCGUAGACACCGCAAAGCUCCGCGCCAUGAAAACAACUCCCAAAGAAUUCGCCAAGCGCAUCGGCGACCUGAUCUUCAACCACAAGGCGGGAUUUUGCGUCCAUCGCAUCGUGCUAUGCGGCGAUGACAUAGACGUCUACGACGGCAAGGAUGUCAUGUGGGCCUUUUCGACGCGUUGUCGGCCCGGUAUGGAUGAGACUUUCUUUGAGGAUGUGCGAGGUUUCGCUCUGAUUCCGUAUAUGAGCCAUGGGAAUGGGCCGAGGAAUAAGGGGGGGAAGGUUGUGUCUGAUGCGUUGUUACCGAGUGAGUAUACGACGGGGGCGGAUUGGGAGGCGGCGGAUUUUGAGCAUUCCUUUCCUGAGGAGGUGAAGGCGAGGGUGUUGGCGAAUUGGGAGGGUAUGGGGUUUCAGUCUAGAGGGUGA